GGGCGCUUUUUGGGCGUGGCUCCCUGCGCGUCUGUGGCAACCGGCGGUAGGCGGGGCGGCCAGUGUUCUCUAGCUGCCGGUGUUUGUGCGCGCGCAGGGUGGUCGGUAAGCGGUCGCUGUAGGAAAGAUGGACGACUUUCAGACGGCGGAAGAGUCAUCAUUUGUUGUAGAUGAAGUAAGCAACAUCAUCAAAGAGUCGAUAGAAAGUGCUAUUGGUGGUAAUGCUUAUCAGCACAACAAAGUCAACCAGUGGACGACAAAUGUUGUGGAACAAACACUGAGCCAACUGACAAAACUUGGCAAACCGUUCAAGUACAUCGUUACCUGUGUAAUCAUGCAGAAGAAUGGUGCAGGACUUCACACAGCAAGCUCUUGUUUCUGGGACAACUCCACAGAUGGAAGCUGCACUGUAAGAUGGGAGAACAAGACUAUGUACUGUAUAGUCAGUGCCUUUGGACUUGCAAUAUAGUUUUUUUCUUUGCUGCUCAGAGUGACUUUCUGUUCUAUUCUACCUUAUCAUUCUUUUGUACACUCCUUUCAGCACCAAAAGUUUAAUACUUUUCUUUGUAAUUUACCUCAAAAAUCUUCUGCACUACAUAAGUGGUAACACUGUCUUCUUCGUUUUGCAAGCUUUUGAGCCUAAGUGCCACUAUAAAACUUUCUUCAGUUAGCAUGUUUGAUACGCUGAUAUCUUUUCAUAUUUUAACAGGAACAAAAUAAAUUAUUGUUGGAAACAUUUUA